AUGUUGCCAAUACGGGCACCAGGCAUUAACACCUCUUCCAUUGACAAUGCGAUCUACAGGACGCGCAUCAGCCGCAAGCCUCUUGAAUUCGUCACGGUAUCACCCGCGAAUGAGAAGGAUGGCAAAGGCAUAUCCAAGGUCGUUCGCACACAGGUCAUGAAGGACUACUUCUGGAAGCAACGGAACCCAGAGAAUCCUGAUUUGAUACCAACCGAUCAACCGACGAACCCGUCGCAGUACAAGGGGAGAUUCCGCCUCAACGCACGGCCGAACAAGUCAAAGUCGAAACCAAUUUCCAGGAAGACAAAAGGUCGCGAUAGGGCUUCCGAUGACGCCGCCAUUCGAGCGCAAAAAGGGCGUAUCGUGAUGCCCAGGGGCCCAAUUACUGAUCCCAACAUCUAUGAUCCGGAUGGCUUUUUUGCAAGCACACCUGUGGCUUUGCUGGGCGGGAGCCUCGAUCCUUUCAACUCGUUUGCUCUCAAACUAAAACCGGAGAGCCUGAAGUUGAUAUACUACUAUAAGCAAAGCUACUCCAGAGACUUUCUCGAUCUCAACGUAGGAGGCGGCUACUGCCUCUUCGACGCCCGAGAGCACCGCGCCCUCUUUCACUCCAUUUUAUAUCUCGUCGCCCUUGACUUCAACCUCCGACGCGGUUUAACGGAUGAUCUGGGAUGUCUCUAUCAUUCAUCGGAAGCAUUUCGUUUGAUCAACGAGCGAAUUCGGAACGGCGAUAUUGAAGAUGCUACGAUCGCGGCGGUUGCUCUGAUUGCUUCGAAAGAGUUCCCAUACGUGCCGCUCUCCACGAGUCUUCGAGACACUUCAUUAUUACCCGAUACUCUCCAGUCGGCGGAGAGUGCUUCCUUGCAGAGGCUUCCUAGCGUUGAGCAGCAGCUCAUGUCCAUCGUGCAAUCUCUCCACAAAAUCUCCGCCGCAAAAGACGCCAAUGCGCACAAGAACGAAGCAAGCCGCGUGUACGACGUCGAAUACAGGCUCCAUCUGCUACAGGCUCAGGUUUCUCACGACAACCUCACCCCAAACCAUAUGUCUCCUCUGUGUGUAGCACUCAACAUCUACCUCUAUCUGGCAAUCCGAGAGCUCCCCGCCAGAGCCCAACUUAUGCGGCAGUUGAUCGAUCGGCUGCAAACUUGGCUCAAGGCCGGAUCAACAAACCAAAUCACUUCGUCGGAUAGUCGAAAUCAAAACUGGAUGUUGUGGAUGCUCUUCAUCGGAUACGGAGCAGCAUUAGAAAAUGGCAGACAAGAGUGGUUCACGCAAGCUCUCCAGUCAGUCUACAUCCAGGCCCGGUGUCGAGAUAUAGAGCAGCUUCACGGCACCCUGAAGAAUGUCCUGUGGCAAGAUUCCUGGUGCGAGCAUUACUUCAAUAAGUUAAGAGGAGAGCUUGCGUGA